AUGCCGCCGCGACUCCCUACUGUGGAGAGAGCCAUGGCGGCUGUAACCCGGCGGAUGCGGGUGCGGCGUGUCGCUUCUCGUCCACAGAAAUUUAUAAUGACAUCUCAUUUCUCUCCUUUUAUUUCACCCGUCGUGAAGGAGUUUCACAUGCAAUUGGAGGCAUCCUCCUCCUCUGCCUCUGCCUCUUCUUCUUCUUUAUUAUUAUUAACCUCAUUCAUGGAAAAGGAAUCUCCAAAUGAGAGUUUGGAUUUAUCCUCUAUUUUGCGGAAACUUCUUCAGGUAAACCAGGCCGCUCCUUUGCCGCCAGGAUUGUGUGUCGCAAGAGAAGUAAACAUAAAAAAGGAAACUCAAAGUGGUAUACCGAAGAGAAAUGUAGAAGAUUUCUUAUCCCUCUAUAACCCAUCAUUGGAUCCUACUAUAAUUAAACGUGUAGCUAAUGCUAUAGAUAUUGAGAAUGCUCUACAGCUGGCUAGAGAUUUAUUGCAAGCUAUCCGAAAAGGUGGUGAACUUUCUACUAUUCUUUCUGAAUUUGGAAAAUUGCAGACACCAUCUAAUAUGCAAAAUAUAGAACUUAAAGCAGGAAUUUCAUCAAGAUUAUAUCAAGGUAAAGAUGGUGUCCGACAUAAUCGAUUACGUGGGUUUCGUUUGUACAAUAGUGAUAUUCAAGUGGCAGAAAUACUCCCUAAUGGAAAAAUAGUCACUUUUACUGAUCCAACAUUACCAAGUAUGGCAUCUUCUUAUUGUCAAGGAUUAUUAGGAUUAGAAAAUCCAUAUCUUCAUUUUCUUUUGUAUAAAGAAAGACUUUCACUUUAUGAUGCAUUUCUUUUAAUGAGUGAAGCAUGUAAUGGAUUAUGUCUCCCAGAAGAUUUUGCCACUAAUAUUGCUCUAGAAGAAUCUGCUGUAACGGUUCAAGUCUGCAGUGUUCGUAUAAAAUUUCCUGAUACUAAAGAUAAUACUAAUACUAAAUUUGAGACUUAUCGAGAAAUGAUAAUGAAACGAUUAUUACAGAUUAAUCUUAAGCCACUCCAGAUCAGUAUUCAAAUUUUAGGUUGGCGUUCUUUUUCAUGUAACCCUUCUAAAGGUUAUAAAUCUCAAAUGCAGUAUAGUAUGCUUGUAAGAGGUAUAACAAAUUCAACAACUAUAGGAACAAAUACACAAAACUAUUUAGAAAAGAGAUUAUUAUCAAAAUUUUCUCUAUUUCCUAACUAUUUUGGUCCUCGUUAUUUUGGUCCUUUAACACCACUUUGUCCUUUUCGUUCAUAUCAUGCGGCAGCUGCGUGGGAACGAAAUAUGCCUGCUGAAUCACUUAUUAUUGCUGCUACUAUUGCUUAUAAUAUAUCAAAUACAAAUUCUGAAGGAUGGAUAAAAGAAUUAGUAGAAUUACUUCGUCAAGGAGAGGAUAGACCUGCAGUAUUGAGACAGUGGUAUCAACUUCAUAUUCCAUUAGGGUUAAAGAGACAAAUUUCAACAAGUAAAAGUGCAUUGUUUUGGAAUAUACUUGCUAGUUGUCGUGUUCAUAAAGUAGGAGAAAAUUCUUUAGAUAGUUCUCCUGAUCUUGGAGACUUUGUAUUAGAUAAAAAUGAACAUGUAGGAAAUGAUGAAAAUAUAGCAAAAUUAGAACUUUUCCCAUUAAAUACUCUUGGAACUUCUAUAGAGUCUAUAAUUCAUGAGAAAUCUUAUAAUACUUUUAAUAGUCAUGAUAAUAAAAGAUUUCAUGGUAUAUUACCAAUUCUUACAAUGGAAAUAGGAACCUCUUAUACACUUCAUGAUAUUGUUAUUCCAUUUGGUUUGCAAAAUAAUGAAGUUAUAGAAGAGUUGUCAUACUUAUUGGGUUUCCGUUUCCCUUUAUGUAAACUUGAAGAUACAUCUGGAGUUCAAGUAAACUUUCGUUCACUUUUCACAAAAGCUAGUGGUUACCCUCGUACGGUUUAUCCUUGGAUUAAAACUCUUCCAGAACCAAGUGCAAUUUCUGAAGAAGAAGAAGAAAAAGAAGGAGAUAGAGUCUAUAAAUUACUUACAGAUAUGGAACUACGACAAAAUUCUAGUUAUACUACCUCUUCACGAGGUCAACCCCAAAAUCCUUGGCCAAUAGGUAAAUAUGGUCAUCGAUUAUCAGAUCGAUUACCUGUAGGUGCUCUUUCGCUAACAAGUUCUGAUACAACAAAAGAAGGCUCAAAGUCUCUUGCCCUUCAUUUUACUUUACCUGGAUAUGCGUAUAGUAUGGCAUUGUUGAGGGAAUUUAUUCUAGUUGAAGAUUAUAGUACCCCUUUUAUAAUAUCAUCUUCUCAUGAGAAACAUUAUCGAUCAAAGGUAAACCCCGAUAGUAAUAUGAAGGAAAAUAAUAAGGUAAAGGAACUCUCUAUUUUGUUUGAUGACGAAUCUGUUGAUGGAAACAUAAUGGGAAAACGAUGA